ACGUACAAUCUGUAACCUAUAAUUAUAAGUUUUUUCUUCGUUUCGCGUUCAGUUGGGCUUUCGAAGGCAGAUCGGCGGCAGGCGCGCUACGACGACGUGCAUUUGCAAGAGACUGUUGAGCUAUCGGCAAAGAAGAGAGUGCUCGUCGGGCACCUUUUGGUGAGUGUAUGUGUGCGAGUUCGGGUGCGCUUCGGCUCGAUCCAGAAAGCAGUGUAGCAGUACGUGAGAGUGGUGUGCGAAUCGAUUUUUCGGGGGCCUUCGCCGCGUAUCCUCUCUCUCUCUAUGCCGCUCCCGCACCAGCUCCGGACCAACCCCGCCUGAUCAACACUACACGUUCAAGUCCGGGGCCUAAUGAACGCCAGUGAGAAGAGGACUUAAUAAUAGUGUUUAGAGUUUAAUUUCUGCUUCUCUCAUCAAGAGCAUCUCGGCAGCCGUAGCAGCAGCAGCAGCUACAACAAUUCUCGGAUGCUGGAGUAACCGCGACCAACCAUCCAAUUUCGGUGGGUCCCUGCGAAGAAAAAUUGAACACCGCGCGCGCCAAUCCGCGGACCAACGAGAAUACGACGGCGCUCGGACGGACGGACGGACGGAGUCGAUUAUCCGGCCCCGGGUAGAAUUACAUAGUGUUAAUCCCCUUCUGAACGGAUUUUGGCGUGUUUUACGUUUUUGAAGGAGCCCUUUGUCUUACGCCCUCUGCCUGUGUGUACGAACGAACGACCAGUGUAGUGAGUUUUGGCCACCGUGUUAACCAUACCUGACCCACUGUGCUGCGGUGUGUAUUUUGAGUGUGCAGAAAAAUGUGGUGCGUGGAAAAAUCGUAAUUAAUGAGAUUAAAUGAGCCAGCGAGUGUGGAUUAAAGUGAUACUUAUGCUACAUAUACAGCACAUCGAGAUGACCAUCGAUUGACCUUUAGUGAGGAAGACAAAACAGAAGACUAAGUGGAAGAAGAAGUGUUUUUUAACGGAAUAAUUCCACCGAGGUAGCCGCCGGAAGCAAACUACCCGAAGCCCCGAAAAGAAACCCCGUGUGUGCCCUCAAGAUGAUGGCCUCACCGAGUUUCAUGACCCAGUACCAUAAUCAUCAUCAGUGGAACAAUAGCAGCCAUCAGACGCAGUUGUCACCCCUCAAUAUCCUUCCGUAUCAGUAUCCUCCGCAGCCCCCAUCCGUCAGCAGUCUCGGUUCGGUAGCAUCGCUCGGCUCGGCGGGACUUUCUCCGACGCAAUCGAUCGCGUCGUCGAACGGCACCGGAGGGGGCGGAACCGGUGGUGGUGGCGGCGGUGGUGCCAGCACCGCCAGUAGCAGUUUCAGUACAACCGGUGGAGGCGGCUCGAACGCCGCCAGUCCAGACACGGUGACCAGUGCGGCAGCCGCCGCUGCAGCCGUUGCCGCCACUUCCGCAUACGGUUUCGGCGCGAUGGUCCAGCAAAGUCCUGCCACCGCGGCAGCAUUGGAGAUGACCGCACGGUCUCAGCAAAUGCACUACCCAUCGUACCAGUACCCGGCGGCCAGCUACUACAACAACAUGGCCGGCAAUCCUUGGUUCGCUCAAGAGUCAAUGUACCAGGGUUGGCAUGGAGAAGCCUACGGGCUGAAGCUGGAAGACUAUUCUCACCAAACUCAGGCGCAGCGUCGCUGUGCUCGCUGUACCUGCCCUAACUGUAUCAACGAACUGUCUGGCCUGCCACCGGUGGUCGGUCCGGACGAGAAAGGUAAACGACAGCACAUCUGUCACAUACCGGGUUGCGAGAAAAUCUACGGAAAGACGAGUCACCUGAAGGCACAUCUAAGGUGGCACACUGGAGAGAGACCGUUUCUGUGUAAGUGGUUGUUCUGUGGGAAGAGAUUUACCCGGUCCGACGAACUGCAGAGGCAUUUCCGUACGCAUACGGGAGAGAAGCGGUUUACGUGCAGUAUUUGUAGUAAGAAGUUUAUGAGAAGUGAUCAUCUGGCAAAACACGUGAAGACACAUGAAAACAAGGCGAAGAAGAUUGCCAAGAAAAGUGAGAAAGCGGAAGAGGCAAAGACGAAAAAGGACGAUGUAAAAUUAGGGAAAGUGGAAGGUAGUGUGAAACGGUUGGAAGUCGCUGACAAAGGGGGACAGUUGACUGUGCCGAAGGUGAAGAAGCAGAAGAACGGUGAACAGCAGGAGGAUAUCAAUGCGAAUAUUAGGAUGCCUCAGAUUAAGCAGGAGAAAGGGUAUGAAAGUGCAGGGAAGACAAUGUUCUCUGGGAUGGGAGAGUACGGACAGGGUGGAGGUUAUCAGUCAACGGCAAUGAACUAUCAUCAUCCGUCGUACUUCCAGAGUGCAUUUUUGCAAGAAGCGAGUAAUCCGAGUAAAAAUUUGUUCCAUAACCCGUACUGCGAUAGUGGCUUCCAAAGCCGAUCGAAUUUGUUCUCUACCUCGACAAACAGUAGCAGCGGAUGUGAUUCGAUAGAUCGACGAAAUAACAACAACGCUAGUAGUGAGGUUAGUAAUAGUCUAGUGAAACUGGAAGAGUACACCAACAGUCACAGCCUACUGAACAACGACAACGGUGCCAACGGCCACCAGCAGCGAAGUAGCUCCAACAAUAAUCUACUACCUCAAUCGCAAGCUCAAGUGUACCACAUCCCGUCAGAAAUAGCGUCCAAUUACGCGGCCUAUUCGAACGUGAAGUUAGGAUCGGCUCCAUACCAUCCCGGCCACCACCACCAUCAUCCUCAUCCGCAUCAGCAUGGUAGUGGCAGCGGUAGCAGUAGUAGUGCUUACGGUGACGUUAAUCCAACGUCACACGGUGGGUCAACUGUCAACGAAUCAAACAAUAACAACAAUAACGGUACCUCCUCCGUGGCGGCAUCAACAGCGGCAGCCGCCGCCACGUACAACAUGAUGAUGAACAAUUACACAAUCCAUCAUCAUCACCAUCACCAUCUCAACCAACAGCAGCAACACCAACAGGAGAUCGAACUAUUCAAAUAACUGCGUAACUGUCAGUGUCAGGCACUGUCUAUUGUUUUGCUCGCGCGCUUCGUUGGGCUCUGCAUUAGAGCCGCUUCCUUUGUUGCCGUCCCGAAGCAACCUGUCAAAAAAUGUGAGAUUUUUGUGACGUUCCUUUUGUCUGUGCGUCGAAGUCGUCGACUCUCAUACAGCUCGGCAUGCUUUGUUUUUAAAUACUUUUGCUCCUUUAAGUUAAGCGUAAGACCGCGAUGAAAAAUGUGUUUUUAGUCGGUUAGGAAAUAAAAACCCCUCUCCCGAGUGCCAAUACAAAAGCUUUAGGUUUUGUUGUUUUUUUUUCGUGAAGCGAAUGCGAAAAGAAACUGAAAACUAUUAAAUUAUGUCAUGAUUUAUUUAUGUUCCUACAAUUGUCAGCGGGCGAAGAGAUGGAAAAUAAUAUACUCACAAAAGAAAAAAAAGGGUGGCUUGUGAAACCCGAAGAGCACGAUGAAAGAAAAACCACUCGUAGCGUGCGGACGCUAACCCAUACACAUAAGCACGCCAUUAAAAGCGGUGAAAUUAGCAAUUGUAAAAUAUAAUUAAAUUUAUUUAUAUUUUCAUUAAUCAUCUCAUACAGCCGCUUGCGGUGCUGUCGUUGUUUUUUCUGCUUUCUAAAAAAAAGUAACAGAACUCAUAUGCACGGGGUAAAACAGCGACCAGUAACUAGCUCGACCGACCAUCGCAUUCAUCCACCGAACCGAAUGGCAGAGGCUUGUGUAAUGAAGGGGGAAGCGCACCACAAGAAAUGAAGAGAAAAAAGCACUAAAUUGAGGUCCAGUGAGCGGUUAAAAUCUUUUUAUUCGCCAAUUUUUCCUCCUCAUUGAAGCGUUACUGCCGCAAACCUAAUUAAUUUGUUCUCGUACACUUUUUACUUCGAGCCUAGCCGAAGUCUCCGCACUGUAAUUGUGUAAAGAAUAAUGCAAACAGAUCCAUUCUCGCUGGAGUCGCGCGUGUUGAUGUACAGUAAUUUAUAAAUUUUACAAUUAAGUAGUGCAUAGUGCGCCGUUUCGUUUUUUUUUUGCUCAAUCCAAUCCAAUCAUCCCUCGAGUCAGAUGGAGAAAUCGUUGUACAUUUCUGUGUAAGUAGUUUUGAUUGAACAUUUUCCAUACUCGUGUCUCUCCGUUGUUUGGAUGUGUAUCGGAAGCAAACAAGCAAUAUGAAUGCAGUCACUCGUCUUGUCCAAGGCUUGCCCAUUUUUAGAUAUCUCUACUUGAAAGUAUUGUAAAUAGCUCCAACCUCUCUUAAGAUGAAUCGCAUACAUUUUAAUUACUUUCCAAUAAAACGAACAAA